AUGGAUAUCAUCAGCAUUUAUGCCAUCACCGCCGGCGGUGUUUUUGUCGCUCUUUUCCUGAUCAGUAUUCUUCCGUAUUUGUAUCAAUUAGCCAAGAGCCUUGAACUGUACAUUUCUCGUUAUUUGAUUUUUCCAUUCUUUCUUCGUCGCCAUCGCUUCGUUGGCCCAUGGACACGUGGGGCUGUGUUAAUUCACCUUCUCUAUACUGGGGUCAAUCUGUUCUGUCUCUGCUUCGGUGUCUCUUCGCCAACAGAAUUUGCAGAUAGAUCAGGGACUCUGGCUGUGGUCAAUAUGGUCGCUUCAUAUACGGCGGGACACGUGAGCUUCUACUCAGAUAUAUUGAGUAUUUCUCGCCACACAUGUCUCCAGAUCCACCGGGGCACUGCUUGGAUGGUGAGCGGUUUGUUAGUCCUACAUGUUGUCUUAAUUUCCACUAUCCAGAGUAGUUUCUCAUUGGAUCGAACGAGCAACCUUUUUGCACUUAUUGGGGCCGGAUGUGUUGUGGGACUCACACUCUUUACACUGCCGUAUAUUCGCCGUCACAUUUUCGAAGUGUUCCUUCGAACCCAUCAACGUCAUAUUCCGUCUGGUAAUCGCCUAUCAAAGAUUUGUAUCAUUACCACAUUCGUGUUGCUCUCAAUAGCGCUGCUCCUACAGCUUGGCUUUCUCAUCUAUCGAAAUAGGAUCUUCUCGUUGCGUGGAUGGCCUCGGGCGCGGGUUUCCUGUAACCGCCCGAGAAUUGAGGGAGAGAAUGAUUCGAACGUAAUCAUUCAAGUUCGUGUGGCCCUCACACGACCGGUGAGGAUUAAAGCGGGACAGUACAUCAAUUUAUGGAUACCUUCGGUGACCUGGUGGUCAUGGACACAAAUGCAUCCAUUCAUGGUUACCUCCUGGUCUCACAGCUGCCAGGAGACGUUGGACAUUCUGAUUCAGCCUCGACGUGGAUUUUCUCGCGAAUUGCUCAAACAGGCCCGUUCAGCUCAAGAGGGAUCAGCUUCAUUGCGCGCGUUUAUCAUCGGACCACAUGGCAGGAGCGAAAACGUCGAUCGUUAUGAGAGUGUUAUGUUUGUAGCAAGUGGCUUUGGUAUCACAGCUGCCAUUCCUUAUCUCAAAAAGCUCGUGUAUAGCUAUAAUACCUCGGCAUCUCGAACGAGAAGAGUGCAUCUUGUCUGGGAGGUUAAAACUCUUGACAUCGCAAUCGCGGUGCAAGGUACCCUAAACAGUCUCCUCGAAGAUGACGUCUUAAAGAAGCGUUACAUCUUGACCAUCUCUAUCCACGUGAAAUCUGGUCAGAUCAUUGGCGACGUGAUGAAAUUUGGAAACCACGACCGAGCCGUCGUUUACAACGGCCAUGCAAAUUAUGAUCAGAUCCUGCAUGCGGAAAUGUCUGGAGAGCUCAUUAAGCGGCUUCCAAACGCUAAAGAAGAAAAGGGAGAGUCAUUGGUGAUGGUGGCGGCGUCCAGCCGAGUCCGCGACCAGAUACGAUUAGUCCUUCAAGACUAUGUACACCAGAAAGCGAAAAUGGUUAUUCUUGAGUAUCAACCUUGA